GUUUUCUUCUCUUCUCCACUUCGAUACCUUCACUUUUUUCUUUUCAGAUCUCAUUUCCUUUCCUUUCUACUCUUCUUUCUUCAUUUUUUUUUUAAACAAUAUUUUCUUUUAUUUUCUUCUCGUAAUUUCUUCCUCCAUGACCGGCGUCGCCGCUAGAGCCUCCACUUGCCCGGCUCCGCCGCCGCCCAACGCGCCGCCCGCAGCCGUCCCGAUCGUUCCGCCAAUAAGGCGCCACUUGGCUUUCCUUACCACCAAGCCUCCGUUUGUUCCUUCCGAUGAUUACCAUCGGUUCUCCUCUUCCGCCGCAACUGCUCGCCGAGCCGUCGAUCACGAACCUGAGGCUAUUGUUGUUAGAUCUCCUCAAGUAAAGAGGAAGAAUGGAACGAAUGACACUGGGAUUGAAUCUGGUGAUUGGGCUAGCAGUCCUGGAUUCACUAGCUUAUCCAACUGUCCAUUCCAGACACCUGUAUCUGUGAAAGGGGCAAGGGUAAACAACAGACCAAAGGCCACAAAGGUUAAUAGAUCCACUCCCCAGACUCCUAUGUCAAAUGCUGGUUCCCCGGCUACUCCUACUCCAGCUGGAAACUGCCGUUAUGACAAUUCCCUAGGUCUUCUGACAAAAAAGUUUAUUAAUCUGAUUGAGCAUGCUGAAGAUGGUAUGCUUGACCUGAACAAAGCUGCUGAAACUUUAGAGGUGCAAAAGAGGCGGAUAUAUGACAUAACAAAUGUUUUGGAAGGAAUUGGUCUUAUUGAGAAAAAGCUCAAGAACAGAAUACGUUGGAAGGGGGUUGAUAAUUCAACAACAGGGGAGUUGGAUGGUGAUGCCUCUAUUUUACAGGCUGAAGUUGAAAGUCUUUCCUUGGAAGAGCGCAGACUAGAUGACCAAAUUAGGGAAUUGCAAGAAAGAUUGAGGGGUUUGAGUGAAGAUGAAAACAAUCAAAAGUGGCUUUUUGUGACCGAAGAAGAUAUGAAGAGCAUACCCUGUUUCAUGAAUGAAACCCUAAUUGCAAUCAAAGCUCCCCAUGGAACUACACUUGAAGUCCCUGAUCCUGAUGAAGCUGUUGACUACCCACAGAGGAGAUACCGGAUAAUUCUUAGAAGUACAAUGGGCCCUAUUGAUGUAUACCUUGUUAGUCAAUUUGAGGAGAAGUUUGAGGAGAUGAAUAGUGCUGAGCCACCUGUAAGCUUCCCAACUGAUUACAGUUCAGGGUUUAAUGAAAACCAAGUGAGGGAGAUGGUCCCUGUGGAGAGCAGUGGAAAUGAAGUUGAACCUCAGGCACAACAAGCUCACCAAAGGUGCUCUGAUCUUAAUUCUUCGCAGGAUUUUGUUGGGGGAAUGAUGAAGAUUGUUCCUUCAGAUGUUGAUAAUGAUGCCGACUAUUGGCUUCUUUCAGAUGCUGAUGUUAGCAUCACAGAUAUGUGGAAGACAGACUCAGGUGUUGAAUGGGGCGGAGUAAAUAUGUUGCACUCUGAGUUUGGGAUGUCUGAUGUCUAUACUCCUAGGGCACAAACACCGCCUUCUAGAAUUUCCGAAGUACCAUCUUCUGACAUUAACUCUACCAGAAGAUGAUAAUUUAUCUAUUUAACAAGCUAAAUGAGGAGACUUAUCUCUGAUCCCUACAGUAACAUACCAUAUCUUUGAGUUAAGAACACUAAUGAGUGAACAACAUACAACUGAGGAAUUUCUGGAAGAAGUUGACAGAUGAACAGGAAGUUAUCGCUGUACUUACAGCUAGAGUAAAAUUUUUGACCCAUGGACUAGCAUAAAUAAACUUUAUAUUGGAAUAUUAAACACAUUUUUUUAUGAGGGUAGUGCCUUUGAUUUUUUUAUUUGAAAUAUGAGAGGGAGCAAUAUUUAAAUGUUGUAAUGCAGAUAAACUGGGAAAAUUAUUGCCUAAGGACGAUAACAGGUCAGUAAAAUCUCUGCCUGGAUUUCUCUUAUGUAUGAUGUUGAAAGUAAAUCAUUGGUAUAUUCUUUGAUUUAAGAAUUUGACUUACAGAUUAGAGCUGAUCUUUUGGCCAUGUAUCCGUUUGCUCAGACUGCAUAUUACAUUUUGAACAGUGACUUCUAUUUGAUAUUGUGCCAUUAAAAGGUGAAGUUUUCAGUUAUCCCUAGAAGAUGUAAGUUUACUGCUUCCAUAGGUUUAACUUUUAUUACUGUUUGCUGUUGAAGUUGAAUUGCUUUACAGACUUUAUUAAACUUACUUUAAAGGUGGGAAUUAUUUUAGUAUUGGCGCGAAUAGCAUUAUCAAACCGAUAAAGCGGGGUCAAUUAUUAGAUAAGUAUCUACAAACUUUUUUAAGACUUUAGUGAUUAUUGUAGCAACCUUUAUUCUACAAGCUAUUUGUACUAGGCAUUUUGCUAGGCCCCGUAGUGAAAGAAAACCUGAAAGGAGAAAUUCGAGAGACCACAAAUUAAAAGCAAUCACAAUUUCAUUUAUUGGUUGGGGGACCAUAGUAAGGUCACUGCAGUAUGAAAGUCAACAACAAGCGCUCACUCUUGUUUUUGUCUUGUAUUUCGACUCAUGGGUCAUCUUUUGGUAAGGAUCUAGCUUAUCACCAUUCACGGUUGAGAUGUGUUGGCGAGACUUUUGGCACAUGCCCUCCCUGAGGCUAAUUCUCAUAUGUAUACUUUUGUGUUUGAUGGUAAACGAUAACUACGACGGACUCGCUUUUUUGGCUGCGUCAAAGAAAAGUUUAAUUUGACCUUUUCAUAAAUAAAACAUAGCAAUUUAAGUUU